AUGAACAAGAUCAAGUUCGAGGUUUCGGAUUUAUUGGAAUGUUCUGAUUACGUACCGAAUUCUGAAGUUAAUGACGUAAACAAGGAGAAUCAAUUAGGACCUAGAGAAAAGGAGAUAGGGGAGCAACCAGAGAAGCUAACAGAAUUAGAAGUAAGUUCUGAUUUAUUCAUCUUUUUUAAUAUUUUUUGAGCAUAGGUAAUAUAAUUUUAGUUCCGGUUUUUGUUAUUUUUGGAAGUUGUUUCUAUAUUGACCGUUCAACUGAUCUUUUACGUUUUCUUUAUAUUAUUUUAUAUUUAGAAAGUAUUUAGUUUUUGAUUUAUAAUGAAUUUCUGUUUAGGUACCUCUACAAACCGAUAUUUUUGGUAAAGAACCCGACGUGUCAACUGAAAAACCCAAACGUGGAAGAAAACGGUCGCUGAAGGACUCAAAUUCAACGAAAGAGAAGCAGCCGAGAAUUUCAUUGCCAUUACAUCCUACUAUUUUCACAUACUCCCUUGAUGGGCAGUUAUGUCGGACUGAGGAAGGCCGAAAACUUAUGGAACUGUUGCGAGAAGGUGGUUGGCCUGGUGCAGCCGGAAUAAAGACGUUGUGUACGAUGGUAUGUGAUCCUGUGUUGGAUUAUUGUGCGAAGUAAGCUAUUUUUAUUGUUUAUAAACUUUAUAUUGCAUUGGUAUUAUAGUAUAGUUUUCAAUAGUCGAUUUCUUAAAAAUUUUUUUGGUUAUGAAGACUAAGUAUGUAAAACUCUACUAUGAUGUAAAAUUUUGUUUUUUAUUGUUGAUAUUGUCAAAUAUUUAAGGAGGAAAAUAUAUUGUUUUGUUAUAGAAAGUUUUAUCCAACAAGAGGUGAACAACGAGAAUAUUUGACACAUUUGCUGAAGGGAUUUCCACAAGCCAAUAUUGACAUUCUGGUCAGCCGAAACAACGACAAGGGAUAUAUGGAGAAGGCUGUUUACAAUAGAAGGCGAAUGAGGCAAUGUAAAGAGAAGACUGGCGAAAAUAUUUGA